GUUCUUGAAUUACAUUAAUGUAAUCUGUGGUGUUAUCAUCAGAUCAUUGAACAUCAACAAAGUUGAUUCCGUCAGGGCACGAAGUUUGGAUCUGAAGCGAUUUAACAGUUAAUUAGAAACCAUAUAUUUUUUCACUAUUUAACCGUUCUUUUUUUUCACGAUUACACAGAUAUUAACAAAUUUUCCAUGUCCUCCCUAUCGCCAUCGGAAUCAGUUUUAGUGAAAGAACUCUUUGUUUCUUCAAAAACACCAGUACAGGAGCGUGUGAAUAUGUUGGCAGUUUUCGAUUUUGAUCAUACCAUAGUCGAUGGUAAUUCUGACAUAGUUGCUCGCAAUUUAAUUACUCCUUCUAUUCUCAUACCAAACAGUAAGAAUUAUCCUCACAAUUGGACUCAAUAUAUGCAACAAGUAUUUAAUGUAAUAAAAAGCAUCAAAAUUCCAGCUCAAAAAAUAAUUGAUGCUGUAUCAUUAAUGAGUCCAACUGAGGGUAUGCUUAAGUUAAUAAGAGCACUUUAUAAAAACGAUGUUGAUAUCAUAGUGGCAUCAGAUUCCAAUAGUCUUUUUAUUCAAAAUUGGUUGAAAUAUAAUAAACUAUCAGGCGCAGUUUCUUGUAUUUAUACUAAUCCAGCAAAAAUUGAAGAUGAUCUCAUUAUAAUUGAACCAUAUACAUUACAACGAGCAUGUACCAUGUGCAAUAUGAACAUGUGUAAAGGAACUAUUGUAAAAGAACAUUUAUCAAGAAAAAACAAAAAAUAUGAAAACAUAUUUUAUUUUGGAGAUGGUAAAAACGAUUUGUGCCCAGUUCUUAAGUUGUCUCAAAUGGAUGUAGCUUUUCCAAGAUUGGGUUAUAUUUUGGAUAAUUUACUGAAGUCUCGCACAACAUUGGCAAAAGUUAAACCAUGGCGUACAGGCGAUGAUAUUUAUGAAUAUUUAGUGUCAUUAGAGUUAAUUUCAGCUAACAAUGUAUAAAAUUGUUUAAAAUAAUCAUCUCUCUGGUUAGAUUACGUAUGACAUACUUUUCUAAUACUUCAAAAAUGAUUUAAAUAUUGUAACAUUUGAUUUUAAUAAAAUAUUAAGGUUAACAAGUUAUAAAUAACUGAAAUUGUACUUAAGCUUUUGUAUUACUAAAAUAAUGCAUUGUGAUGUAAACUGUAAAUAAAACCAGAACUACCAAACAUAUGUCCAUGCACUUGAAUAACAUUUGGCAUUUUACUGACACACAACUGUUAGGUUCAGUUUUAAAAUACAUAAUUUGAAAAUAUAAAGAAAAGAAAGUUUUUAAAAGGUAGAUUAGUAUUUAACAUCCGUAAAGAAUAUCAUUAAUUUGUGUAGUAAAUGUUUUAGAUUAAAUCAAGAAUAAAUGUUUCAAAUUAAUAUAAAUUGUAUAGUUUUGUUUUUAAAUAGAGAAACUUAUACUAGUUAAACUUAUUAUACUGGCACUUUAUCCAAAGGUUAAUCAGUUACCUAACCAUUAGUUUAGGGUUAAGUAGAUGAAUAGAAAUGAUGUUUCAGUACUU